GUACACCGCGAACUUGGUCAUGCGGGAGAACGGAGAACUGAACACGCUGUCCGUCAACGCUUUUGGUGGCCUUCCAUACACGAAGAUGUAGCUCAGUUUUGCAAGAAUUGUAACACGUGCUGCCGUUUUAAAUCGCCUCAGCAGACACCCCGUGCACCAGUGACGCCGAUGGUGACGACAGGACCACACCAGCGAGUUGGUAUAGACAUCAUGGGACCACUAACUACGACAAAAAACGGGAACCGCUACAUACUGGUUAUGGUGGAUUAUUUCACUAAAUGGUGCGAAGCUGUACCCCUUCCACAGCAAGACGCCCUUACUGUUGCCCGAGCUUUCAUCGAUCACUGGGUCUCCCGUUAUGGUGCCCCUGUCUCACUCCACUCCGACCAAGGUCCAUCCUUUGAAAGCCACCUCAUUACUGAGAUAUGCCGGCUAUUAGGAAUCAAGAAGACACACACCACCGCCUAUCACCCAGAAGGUAACGGCCUCGUAGAAAGAACAAACAGAACUAUUAAAGCCAUCUUGCAGUCGUUUGUCAGCAGAUCGUCACCUGAGUUAUGGGAUGAGGUGCUCCCCAAUGCCUUUUAGCAUAUCGUACGUCGGUACAUGGGUCCACGGGAUUCUCGCCUGCUAUUUUGCUGUUCGGGCACGAACUACGCCUACCAGUAGAGAUACAGUCACCCCUGCUGCCCUACGAAGAACAAGAGCAUGUUCCGUACAUACGUACUCUUCGCAACCGACUAGCUGAUGCCCACCGUCUGGUCAACAUUAACUUAGGCAAGGCUAGUGGACACCAAAAAGAUAUAUAUGAUCGUCAAGCACAAGGACCUAGGUAUACGGUUGGAGAUCGCGUCUGGUUACGCCGCCCAAUGACGUCGCUAGGGGGUUGCAGUAAAUUCCAUCAACCCUGGCAAGGCCCCUUUGAAAUUGUCCUCAUCCGAUCGCCCACCACGUUUGUAUUGCGUAACAUACAACGACCUAAAGACGCUGUGAUAACGGUGCACUACAACCAGAUAAAACCCGAUCGGACGACAUUUCCCUUCGAUGCUCAACUCGCUGAUCCACCGCCGGCCACUAGAUUUUACGAAGUACCACCUGAAGGAGGGACAGCAUACCCAUGCCCAAGAUCGGGCACUGAGGACAGUGCCUCAUUAGGAGAGGGGGCGAUGUAACGGGAUUAAAAUCAUCAUGUAUGAUGUUGUUAAUAGAUUUUGUUUUCCUUCUAUCGCAGGGCAAGCAAGAAUAAACGCUUUAGAAGAAGAAGAGCAAGCCCUACACGCACUGAACUUACAGGAUGACUCAUAAGACCGUUUUGUAAACUAGCUCUCUUUCUGUACAGAACCCGCGGAUUUUAAUUUUUAAAUAAACGUCUAUUGGCCUCCAUUCCUCGUUCUCUCUGUGGUGUAGAGUGUUCAGUUAACAUUGUGUGUGUUGGGCUUUAGGUCUUCCCGUCUUCCAGUGACUGCUGAUUACACGUGUUACACAACUGUUACGACUUUACAAUCACCACAAACACCAUUCUGAGAAAAUAUAUAGGUUGUGUUAGCACAUCGUGUUAUUGCACCUCCUCCCAGACGUUCACUGACCCUGAUUUGUAUGCUGUUGUUUUAGAUCUCUCCUGUUUCCAAAUAAACUCUAACACGUGUUUCGACACAGCCGGUUCAAACAUUAAGUUCCCGCGCUCUCUCAACCAAUAAUAGUUCUCCGAUCAGGUGUAAAUUCGUACUUACACAUACUCGGUAAUAUAUGACUUAUUCAGAAUUUCAGUAAAAUAUUGUCUCACUCCUUAUGUAACAUUGUUCUCACGAUAAUAGGCACGCACAUUUAAGAGAUCUAAUGAUUAUUAUUAGAAAAACAUAACAUAAUAUUUUACCUGUUUAGAACACAUUCGUGUUGACUGCUUGCUGAGUAGCGGGUACAUGUUUUAUGUCUUUCCAAGUACUACCAGUAGACGGCUCAUCUAACAUACUUCUCCAUUGAUAGGAAUUUGUACGUCUCAUCAAAUUGCUUCGGGUGUGGAGAUAGACCUGUCUGGUCCACCACACGGGGCUUGUUUCCAAAGCCAUAACAGUUUUCCCCUAUUAUUUAUCGAAGCUUCCAUCCACGACCUGUAAGUAACUGGUCAUCUACAUUUAAUGUUCAAAAGGAUGAGUUCUUAUUGAUAUUUGUUUUACCUCACAUCUUGUGCACUGUGCAGCUCCUUCCAGUUGUUUGUCGCCUUCAGUGAAAUAAAACCUUCAGACCAGACGGAUAAGUAUUUUCUCAAGUAGGAGUCAGUCACUCAGAACAAAUAUACUACCUUAAUAGCCUGCUACAAUCUUGUAUAUCAGCUAACCAUUGAUUUGCAUUGUUACUUCUGUUUCUUAUUUUUUAGACCGUAAUACUCUGUCGUUCGAACUUCUAACUUUUAAAUAUUGGUAUUUACCACUGUUACAAGUAAUCUAUCCGCAUGCUGUAUGUCUUCAAAUGAAUUACAAUUUGAUUGGGUUGCUACUUUCCUCACAGAUUUGUCAAAGGAUAUUGAUGCUGAGGUUGUUGGUGAAUAUAUUUGUGGCAUAUUAAAUGUUUCUCAUGGUUCGUCAGAAUCACGUUCUGAAAUAGCGGAGUUACUGUCAGCAUACCUUCCUUCUGAAAAAUCAAAGUAUGCUGCUACUGAGAUUAUAUCAAAAUAUGAUAGAAUCGUAUUGGGCAAAGAUAAAGUUGAAUCAUCAUUGUCAUCUACAAAUGAUAUUCAAUCUGUUGAAGAUCAAAUGCGUAAUUUAAUGCAAGCUGAUUGUAUGCGUAUCGUUGAAACUAAGAAAUCAGAUCAUCAUUCUGAUCGAGAUCCAUACACUCAAGCAAUUUUACGUUCAUCUGGUGUAUCUGCUUAUCAAAAGAAUUCAGAUGAAGAACGUGAAUUGGAAGUGGCAAUGGCUAAUUCGGAAUUUAUCAAUAAGAAUCGUUCAAAUCCAACUGUUGGUGCAUUGACAACUGGUUCCAGUUCAAAUGGAUUUGUUGAAGUUGGCAUCGGCGAUGAUAGUGAGGAUGAAUCCGACACUGAUUUGGAAGAUAUUGAAAGUUUCUGUGAAUAUGGAAGAAAGGAUGAUGUGAAACCUGGUACAGUUGAAGGUGCUCUGUCUAUCUUAACUUCACUCACAUCAUCACAGUCAUGUGGGCUGAGUAUAUCCAACACUUCUCAAAAUCCCAUCCUAGUCAAGGAGACAUCAUCUCGAUCAUCAUCAAUGAGCAUACGUAAUUCUCAUUCAUCACAUCUAGUCGAUAAAUCAACUAGUCAGUCUCAGAGAAUCUCUUCAACACGUCAAAAACAGUCUAAAAAGUGCCCUCCUCCAUCCAAACAUAUUGCAAGAAUUGGUGCACAAGCUGAAGCCAAACAAAAACACAAUACCAAUUCGAAAGCUUCACUCAUUUCAAGUUUGGAUAACGCAGAUCCUAAGGUGUCUCGUUGUAAACGUGAAGAUAUGGAGGCAUUUUUAUUCACAGACUCGGAUAUUCACCCAGAACCUAUUAAUGAAGGUCAGUCAUUCAGUUAAGAGACCUUUCAGUGACCUUUUCGAUUCAUGAGAACAAUGUCAGUAAUUUGUUGUGUGAUUGAUAAUGAAGGAAGAAUGCUUUCUAUCAUUACUUAUAGCUUUUGAAUGUAUCCAGUGUAAACACAAGUGUAUUUUAGUGCACAUCUAUGUUAUGUAUGAGUAUAAAUUUAGUUGAUCUCAUGUCUUCUUCAACUUAAUGGUUGUCAUAUUUAAAUUUCUGUUACUGUGUUUCAACAAUUACGGAAUACCAUUCCACUUCUUCAGUUUGGUCAGCCAUAUACAGUGUUCUUGAUUGACUUCCAAAGCAAACUCUUAAAAUAUGGGUAUAUGUAUACACAUGUAUGUGAUUUGCCGAGUAAUUUUGUUAAUUUUGUUAAAAGUAACUGUCUAAGCAGUUUUUCAGUAAAAGUUAGUAUCAAGAUUAUAUCUCUCAGACGAAGUAAUACAAACACUAGAGAUAUUGAAUGAAGGGCGUUGCAAAGUAACAUAUUUUUCCUAAGUUUUGAUCUGCGACCCCUUAAUGAGUGAAACUCAGUGCUUAAGUCAUUGUACCACACAGUUAUAGUAUAUUUGGAUUGUAGCUAACAGCAUAAUUUAAAAUACAGAUUUCGUUGUAUUUGGGACUCGUCGGGCGGAAGCAUUCGCAUUCCAGAGUUGAUUUCCAUACAGAGACUCAAGCCAAGCCCAAUAUCUUUCAUUUUAAAUACCAACAUAUUGUCCACUGAACUACUGAAUCUAUAUUGCUACUGACUUGCUUCACGAGUGCAGUUUUUUUGUGAGAGUUAGAAUUAUCUUGUUGUUGACGUUUAAGGCCGAGUUCUUUCUUUGGGAUAUGUGUGUCCUAAGCAAGUGUCUCGAUAAGUCAUUAUCUUUUGUAUCGAUAAAUACUGGGUCCAAGUAUAAAUGUGGACGUCAGUACUGAAGCGCAGACACAUCCAAGUGGGUCCCGUAUGAGACGAUAAACUUGUUCUGAGUUUCCUUAGACUAUAGGUUCAUUUUUCAUGAAGCUCUUAGGUCGUGGGUUCUGUCAUUUGCAGGUUUCUGAUUGUUGAGCCACAAAAUUAGAUGAAACGUUUUUCGUGUGCUUCGAAAAUGCUUUUUUUCUAAUUACACACUUCAUUUGUUAUAUCGGGUUUGAUGUGUCCAUAAUCCUAACAUCGUUGUUUUCUAUUUCACGCUUUCUCAAACAAGAUAUUGUUCUACCUGAAGGUGGACGUAAUCGUGAACGUGUUAUAGAAUGUGAAGUGAAUUUUCGAAAGGCAGCCUCUCUAAAUGCUGCUAAACAACGUCAGGAGAACCUUGAACAACGUAAACAUCAACUAGAAAAAGCUGAACAACGUCGUCAGACAGCAAACAGAAAAGCUCAGAAAGUUGAAAGACGCAGAUUAUAAAGUCUCCAUCUGUGAUUCUUACUAACUGACAAAAGUUUGAGGAAGUGAUAUUUAUGUAUUUGACAAUGUUGAAUAGCUUUUGACAAUCUGAGUUUGUUUUUCUAUCCUGCUUUAUCUCUUCUUCAAUGAUUUAUCCUUAGUCGAGUCUAUAUUUAUCAUAUUGUCUUGUUUUGAACUGAUUGUGUGUGUGUAUAUAUGUGAUAAUACUGUAUAUAUCUAUUGUAUGUAUAUGAAGGCUUCUUUUUUGUCUACCCCGUAAUUUUGACUUACUAACUGACCAACCAAUUUAAUGAACUGAAUUAAUGUGUUUGUGAAAUAAAUGUAUCAAAAGUGUUCGGUUUAAUUAUGUUUUUAAAACUAUGGUAAACAAUGAACAAUUAGCAUAAGGUGUUUAUGGCUUUUCAAGAUCCUCGAACACAUGUCGCAUUACUUUCAUGGUAUCACCAGUAACUAUGGUCAGUCCUUCGGGGAUACUGAUGAUCGACAAACAGUCGCUGAGUAUCCGUAACGUGUACGAGCCAAAGAAUGUAUAUAUGCUAUGAUUUAAUCACAUUACAAUUUUUCCGAUUAAAUCUUCCUAUUCAUUUCAGUCUUCUCAUUUUUAUAGUGGAUUUGGUACAAACCGUAAUAAGUGUUUUUCUUUUAUUUAAAUACAUAAACAUUGGUACAAGGAGGCACCAAAUAUACAUGCGCCACAUAAAUCAUCGGAUUUGUGUGAGGACUGGGAUUCUCUCCGGGUGUGUGAACCGAAACAGGUGGUUUUCUUAGGGGGGCACACCCGGAGCCUUUGACCUAAAGGUCUGAUCCACAAGGUAGUGAAGCAACGUAAGGAGAUGUAAUAUUAUGAUAGCCGGUGACCAACGGUUGGUUCAUAUGCCAUUUAUUCACUCAGGAUCGUGUAGCCCAUGUGCACCAUUUGUUUGGAAUAAGGGUUUUCCAACUCCCUUAGGUGGAUGUUCCAUAUCCACCAACCCGGUUAAAGCGCCGGAUAUUCGCUUUUUGUCCUCUCAACUUCGUAAACAGCACCCCUACUGUGAGAAGGCAAUGAGUAGGACUUCCCUUGGAGUGAUUGUAUGCACAUGGCCAUAUGAGAGUAUUUUGUGAGGGAAAGCUGACUCUCCCCACUCUCGACCAUACCAGGGCAUUUGGAGGACAUAAGUGUAUAUUAUAAUAGGUGUAUGCACUCUUUGUCUUCCCUUAAACCGUGAGAUUAAAAUUACUUUAUACCUUUCUUUCUACUAAUUAAUUAUUUCUUUCUGCAUUAUAUCCUUAUACACAAUCUUUCUUUUAUAUAUUACCACCACUGAAUUAACUAAUUCUAUGCAUGCGAUGUUCAUUUUGUUGUGCUAAUGACGUAUGACAAUUUGUACUGAUGCAUAUCUGUAUGUACCUAAUCCUACAUUGUAGCUGACUGAAUCAUAUAUUAUAGUUGAAUCGAAUUGCAGAACAUAAUCAGUGCAGAAUUUAACUAUAUUCUAAGUGAUCUCCUUUUAACUUGAUAAGGAAAAGAACUUUCCAAGUCGAAAAU